GCAGCCCCAGAAACCCUAGCCUCCAUCCCCACCCCGCCGCGCCAAACCCUACCCAGCCGUCGCCGCCGCCGCUGCGCGGAGGCGACCCCCACCCUCGCCAAGAUGCAGAUCUUCGUGAAGACCCUGACGGGGAAGACCAUCACGUUGGAGGUGGAGUCCUCGGACACCAUCGACAACGUGAAGGCCAAGAUCCAGGACAAGGAGGGCAUCCCGCCGGACCAGCAGCGGCUCAUCUUCGCCGGCAAGCAGCUCGAGGACGGCCGCACGCUCGCCGACUACAACAUCCAGAAGGAGUCCACGCUCCACCUGGUGCUCCGCCUCCGCGGUGGGGCCAAGAAGCGCAAGAAGAAGACGUACACCAAGCCCAAGAAGAUCAAGCACAAGCACAAGAAGGUGAAGCUCGCCGUGCUGCAGUUUUACAAGGUGGACGACGCCACCGGCAAGGUCACCCGCCUCCGCAAGGAAUGCCCCAACGCCGACUGCGGCGCGGGCACCUUCAUGGCCAACCACUUCGACCGCCACUACUGCGGCAAGUGCGGCCUCACCUACGUCUACAACCAGAAGGCGUAAUCGCUUCGCUUGCAUCGCUUUGCUUAGCUUUACCCGCCUACCUAUCAUGAAUUGAGCUGUUGGUUACCUGAAUUGAAUAUCAUUUAGAUCUGUCUGAGGUUGAAACUUAAAUGGAGUAGCAGUAUCUAUCUUCUUGGAACGCCUGUUACUGAGCUGAUGUGAUGCGAGUUUAAUUUUGGUUCCAUUUUCUAUCUUGCUUGAUGAUUA